AAAGAGGUGCUGCGACACACGUCAUGACAGAUGUGAACAAGGUCUGGCAGACAGACACUGUGAAGAGAGGAAAUGCUGGACCUCAUCAUCCUCAGCAUCCACUACUUCAUCUGCUUUCUCAUCUCCAUAGCCAUCUGGCAUGGAGCAAAGGAUGCGGAGUCACACAGCUCAAGCACAGGAACAGCUGAAACGGGGCCAGAUGGUCUUAUAUUUAUUGGCAAAGAAGAGGACAUAAAGAAGUCCAGAAGAAUAACAGCCAAAAUCGAUGGCAGAGAAAUUGUUGUUUUCUACCAUGAGGGGAAAUUUCAUGCUCUGGACUCUCGCUGCUACCAUGAAGGAGGUCCUUUGUGUCAAGGAGAAAUAGAGGAUAUCAAUGGCCAAGCAUGUAUUGUUUGUCCUUGGCAUAAGUUUAAAAUUACCUUGGAAACAGGAGAAGGAUUAUAUGAAGGAAUAAACCCUCUGGAGCCAUCACCAACACCACAGUGGCAAUCAAAAGGUGUCAAACAAAGGACUCAUAAGCUCACAAUAGACAAUGGAAACGUUUACGUGUGUCCUCCAGAUUUGUCUGUGAGCUUUGACUCUGAUUAUUUUGCUGAAAAGUACAAAAUCAGUGGUGAGUUAGCCAUGGGAAAACAAAGCCACUCAGAAGCAGCAUAAUAGAUUGUGGCUAGAAAGCAGAAUUCUGGGGAAUGCACCAAUGAAGAACCAUUGUCAUGAAAUAAAAAUGUACUGUGCCAUGAAGAUUAUUUCCAGAUUAAAUUCUAUUGUUAAUGUUAUAUUACAAGAUUUAAACAUAUAGAAUUGAGUAGGACAAGAUGCCCUGCAUUGCCAGAAAUGUGACUGAUCUUGUGCUGAGGAUUUUUUUUUUCAUUUCAGAAAGUCUUAUUUACAGCAGAGUGCCUCAUCAUAUUUGAAAUUUUAGAAGCCCUAUUUUGCUAGAACUUUUUUUAAAUUUUAAGAGGGGAUAUAGUACAUUACGGCUUAGAAAACUCAUUACAUAGUUAAAGGUAAAUAGUCAAGUGUAAAGGUUAUGUUUAUAUACUUAACAGUUUCUGCUUAUAAUGCCUUUAGUAUAAAUUACAUGGACAUUUUUUUUUUUUGGUAUUUGAUCCCCAGGUUUUAUUAAAUUCCACAAAUGGAAGUACAGAUAUGUUGAGCUUUUUUAUCCCUAUUUGUGCAUUACUGCCAUGAAUCUAUAGAGGUAUUUAUUUUCCUUCUCCUCACUGAACUCCUCUUGUUCAAAUUAUUACAUAAUGUGACAAUCACAUCGUCAAAUAAUGUGACAAGAAUUUAUUAUGUAUAACUUGAUCCUGUUGGUUAAAGAGGAAGUUGUUGGGUAUAGUAUAUGAUGUAGUGCCCCUCAUUUGCUUGUGAUUAUUUUUUGUAAAUACAUUUUUAUACCUUCA